AUGAACAAUAGUAGACUUUCAGGCUUGAAACAAAGUAAAUUUCCAGAAGAUGAAAAUAUUGAUGAUCUGAAAAGGAAAAUAGUGAAACCAUUUGAUGAAUUGUGGAUAGGUUCGAUGAGUUGUUUUCUGAGGACAAGAAAGCAUCAGGAAGAGAUAGAUAACCCAACAUUUUUGAAGAAUGGUGAAAUUUUACUAAGAGAGUUGAUUACCUCCUUUAAUGGUAAACGGAAUCCAAUCCGUGCUUUCUCUGCUGAAGAACUCAAGACAGCAACAAGCAACUAUGACACUGGAAAUGUUAUUACAAGAGAUAGGUAUGGUACUCUUACCAAUCGUAUUUACCGUCCUCUUGAACCCCAUUUUGAGCUAUUACUAUUGACACAUAGAUUAAAGAUUGCAAUGGAGAUUGCUAAUGCAAUCGCAUAUCUCCAUUUUCGAUUUCCUAGGCCCAUUGUGUUUAGAAUGAUCAAACUAAGCAACGUUGUAUUCCAUGAACAAUAUGUUGCCAAAUUGUUUGAUUUUUCACUAUCUGUUUUUAUUCCAGAAGGUGAACCCCACAUCCAAACUGAUAGAGUGGAAGGGACAUAUGAAUAUUUGGCACCUGAGUACGUAUUAAAUGGUAUAUUUAGUGAAAAAAGUGAUGUUUGUAGUUUUGGUGUUUCUCUGCUCAAGGUCUUCGUUGGAGAGAAAGUGAAUGUUCUUCCCUGUCCUGGAACUGCCGUUGGAUAUAGUUUACAGAAUAGUAUGAAGCAUUUUAUUGAAGAUGGGUUUAACAAAAUAGUAGAUCCCAUGAUUCUUGGAUCAUAUUCUGGAAACAAGCUGCAACUGCACGUCCUUGCAGAGCUUGUCUUAAAAUGUGUCUCUGAAUCAGCAGAAGAAAGGCCGACAAUGAUUGAUGUGGCAAAACAGCUCAGGCAAAUGUAUCUCCUCUUGUAA